AUGAACGUUACGGCUGGUUUGCCGCCCUACCGUCUUCAGUACGGUUGGGUCACGGCUCAGGGUCGAGCGUCGCCGGGCGACCCGAGCGGGUUCGUGUUCGAACGGGGCACCGUCGUCGGGGGUGGCCAGUUCCUCCUAGGGAGGGCAUAUGGUCCUUAUUCCAGGGUCAUAUUCCAUAAGACAUUGCUGUCGGCCGGUGUGGCUCCUCAAGGUUGGGAUCCCUGGAACUUCCGGGGACACGAGGACAACAUCAUGUAUGCCGAGGUGGAUUGCGAAGGAGGUGGCUCGGACACUUCCCAGAGAGUUCGGUGGGAGAAGCAGCUCAACAAGACACAGCUUGUAUAUUUCUCAAGAUCGUACUUCCUUGAUCGAGAAGGAUGGCUUGCCAACACUCCCGUGGGGAAAGAACUUAAGCCCUGA